AUGGAUUCCCAGGUUCUCAUGGAGGAAUUCAGCGAGUCUUUUGAACGAAACACUGUGCACCGAUUGGAUGGUACAGAGGCGCGUUCGUUUGUAGACACAAUUCCUGAAGCUCAUUCUCGAAUUGGUGAUGGUGAUCCUAUUUCGGAGUGUUCAUAUCCAUAUCCUUUGCAGUCAGAACUGAUUGAUCGACUGGAGUUCCCGGCGGCAUCACAAUACGAUGUCUAUGUAUGUGAACAAAAAUUACAGAGUUUACCUCCGGCCGAAAGUUUCUCUGCCAGUUGUUACGAGCCGUUCGUACUCACAGCAGUUAAUCCUUUGUUAUCUUCACACGUUAAUCCUGAAAGUAUCUCUACAGAAACCGACUAUUUAAAUAUGACGGUACCCCAAGUAUCUUCCACCACGUCCGGUCACAUUGCCUAUCCCGUCGAAGUUUGUGAUCGCAUUCAUUUUGUAUCUAGUGGGAUUUCGGAGCCUUGUGAUGAAGUGGUCGCCCACUCAGCUCGUGGAUAUCAGCCUAAUCCACUUACUUAUACGGAACCAUCACAACAACUGGAAUACUAUCCUAUUCAAUCAUAUGGACAAAGUGAAAUGCAAUCCGUCACGGAUCAGUACCAUGCUUCCGCAUACGGGACCUUGGGGUCGGAUUAUGCCGUUGAUCAGUCAGAAAAUCAAACUGGUUAUUGUGAUACGUCAUGCACUCAAGAUUUUCCUGAAAAUCACCCGGUUGAUUUUGUGUAUCAGGUUACUUGUACCUCAGAAAACACCCAUCCAGUUAAUUUCGAGUCAAUCUCUCACACCUAUCAAACUACAUACACGGAAUUUCAAAAUACGAUCCCCGUCGUAACUGAACAAUAUAAUGAGACCAAUUGCUUUCGUGAAGCAGCGGUGGAACAUGACAGGAGAAAUUUAUCCACAUGUGGACCUUACACCAUGGUUUCUCAGUUCUCUGACCAAACAAUUGUGCCGAUUGAAUCUGUGGUUCUGUUUGAAUCCAAUAUCCCGGCAUCCUCAAAUGAAGUCCUGCCGCCACUUAUUGAACACCCGGUAUCCGAAGCCUGGAACGGUGCAACAAAAUCAACUGCAUAUGACCUGCAUUGUGUGAACGUACAGCCUGAAAAUCAAGGGAUUUUGACUACUAGAGUAAGUGAUAUGUUAGCUGUGGUACAUGCUUCCUCAUAUUUAUAUUGUCUACUCUCCUCAUUUGGGAUGGCAUUCUAG